AAUAAAAAGUCUAGCCUGUAUAAAUUCGGCCUGUAUCAAUUCAAUUCAUCUGCCAAAGUAAUGUAUACAAGAUAUCUGCACAAAUAUUUUGCCCAUCAUAUUAUAAUUAAUUCAAUUCAAUGUUUUAAUUGAUUAAAUGGCUUAUUAUAUACAUAGCAGUGAUGCUGAACCUUUGUUUGAAGAAAAACAUUGUUUAUAAAAAUGUUAUGUCAUUGUUACCUUAGGUAACCAGAUCAGAAGAGAAAAAAACAGGCAUUGUUUGGAGCUGUGCAACACUAUGAGUGUUCCCAUGAGCAACCAGGUGUGUGUAUGUGUGUGUCUUCAUCAGACACCAGAUCCACCAGCCACUCAGACAAAGGUAAGUUUCUGUAAGAGUCGAUCUGUCCGACACACAGCCUCUCACCCUGGGGAAAGAGAGAGAGUGUGUGUGUGUGUGUGUGUGUGUAUGCAGACAUCUCUCUCCCUAUUCAGCUGAUAAGGAUCACAAAGAUGGGAUUGCAAAAACACAAUGGCUUCCACAGAGAGCAUGAUGCCCAGUGGCUGUAAGAUUUUCACCACCAUGCCUGAUAUUCUCUUCAUUCCGGAGUUUGUAUUUGGUGGAUUGGUGUGGACACUAGUGGCCUCCACCAAAGUGGAACCAGCAAAUCCUCAGGGCUGGGUCAUGUUUGUGUCCCUUUUCUGCUUCCUUUUCACCACUUUCUGGUUCUUCAUAUUUAUUACUGGCAUAAACCAGAACAGCAUCUGGCCUAGCUUGGAUGUAGGAUAUCAUUCCUUGAGUGCAUUCUUUUAUCUGAGUGCUGCAGUGCUUUUGGCUAAUGUCACUAUCGGAAAACAAGGAUUGGAUAAAGUGUACCAGCUAGACAUUGCUGCUGUGGUAAGACGCAUUUAUCAUAGUUAGUGACAUGUUUCCCAAAAUACUUAUUAAGAACAAUUUACACUGAUCAUGCUGUUUAUAAAAAAAAAUAAAGUUCUGUCAAAGGGAUAGUUUAUAAAAAUAUUUAAGGAUUAUGUCCAGGUGCACUAAUAAUUAUUUCAGAAGUUCAGA